AGUUCUUCCCUCGGCCCCAACAGAAAAGACUCAGUAUAACCAAGCUAUAACUUGCACAAAGUAACAAGGAAAAAAAAACCUUGCUAUCCCCAUUACUUUCCUAAUAGAGCAAGGAACCUACCACCCCUCACUCCAUGCUCUGCCUCUGCCCCAAGCAAGACGCAGCACCUGCCAAACCAGGCACUUAAGGAAUAUGGUCCAACUUUUCAAACGCAAACUGGAGAGGAGACGCAGAUAAUUUCUUGAAGAGUGCAAGAAGACAGCAGAAAAGGUACUCUGAGGAAGGGAUGCGUGAGCUUUGGGGCUGUCCCCUCUGCCUGUUGGAGGAUUCCUAAUUCGCUUGCUUCAGAGACCCUUGGAAGCAGCACACUCAGGUCGCGGCCAGCCUCGGGCCUCGGUGAAGGAGGCAGUGUUUACACCUGUCACGAGGGAGGGGGAAGGAGAGCGAAGAAGCCCGAGCAAAGCCCCAAACUUCUGAACAGCUCCCGGGAGAACGCAGCCAGCGCGGAGCUUUGGGAGGUGGAAGCAAAGGGGCAGGGAGAGCCGGCGGUGGCCGGGGAGGGAAGGACUCCCACUUACCCGGCCGGUGCCCGGGAUGGCGAGGAGGGGGCCGUGCGCUUCGGGCGCCACCAGCGGCGUUCCCGCACUCGCCGCAGAAGAGAGCAGAGCCCAAGCCGGGAGCCCGCAGGCCCGCAGAGCCAGCUCCGUCCUCACAGCUCCCGGCUCCGCGGCGGGCAGAUGCUCCCGGCCCGGGUGAGGGUCUGGCUGCUGGGCCGGGCCCGGUCCCCGCACCCUCUUUCCCCGGCGCAGCUAGGGGAGCGGAGCGGCGGCGCUUACCUGGCUCCUUCGGGGCGGCUGCGAUGGGCAUGGCUCAGGGGCCCGGGGAGGAACUGACUCCCCGGGGAAGGACCGUCUAUUCCGACGCGGAACUGGUGAGAGCGGAAGGCCGGCUGCUCACAGCCCUGUCAGCGCAGCAGCACCAUGGACGCCCACCCGGAGUUUCACCGCUGCCGCGGGACCCCCAUCCCACUACCCUCCGCCCUCUUCCGCCGCCGCCGCCUCCACCUCCUCCGCGGAGACCCCCCGCCCACUCCACACACUCUCCCAUCAUGCAGCGGGGGAACCGCUGCCGCCGAUACGUCACUUCCGGGCGCAGGUGGCUAGAGGAAGAAGCUGAUAUUUAACAAAUAACAAGAGGUUGCGAUAAAUAGAAUUUAAGGUGGGAAAGCAGCCGCCAAACUGACAAAUCGUCUUCGAGACCGACAGGAAAAUAGUAGUCCGGAAUUUGGCUAAUGGAUGGAGAAGGUGGUCGUUUUUCAUAGACCCUUACGGAGAAUAUCCAGUGAAGCUAAAGAGAUCACCAUAAACUUAUGCAUUCAAACGCAUUUCUGGAACAGAGGUCGUAACCGAUUUUGUUUCCAUCAUCAGUCCUGAACAGUUGAUUAUUUAUAUAAAUAAUCAACUGUUAUUUAUAUAAAGGUAAUAAAAAUAUUACCUUUCCUCCUCCUUUACAAUGAAUAUCUGUUAGAACACCUGCCAGUGUAACAAUCAGACUACAAAGCUACAGGAUUAUGAUUACUGUCUCGGAUGAUGAGCCCGAGGUCCUACAAAUCAUGACCCCCGCCGGCCCCUCAUUCUGCCCAUAUUUGCCAAACGUCUGCAUCAGUAAUUUGAAUAAUUUAAAAUAGUUCCAAAACAGCAAAGCUCAGCAGUUACGCAAAGAAACAAGAAUGGAAAACAUCCCCUCAGGCACAGAGAAGUGUCCACCCCUUUGGGUGGAGGAAUUAUACAAAUCAGGAGAAAGAUAAGGACAAUAGCAGUUCAUCACGAUUUAUCCCGCCUCUGCAAUGUUCUAGACAAAUUAACUCGGAGCGCUCCAAUGGACCCGCAUUUGUCUCUUUACUAUUCAAUCGCUGUAAGAUAUACGGAGACUGCAUCACUUUAAAUGGGAGUAUCAAUUGCUUUGUGGUUAUGCUGGAUUUUGUGUUAUUGCUCAGUCACUAAAGUAAGAAAAAUCUAUAUGGCUUGUCAAAUUUAUGCCUAUUGUAUUUCGCCCCCUGCUGGUUUAGCUCGUGUGCAAGCUUGAAUUUGUGUGUGUGUAGAAACUAGAAAUUGAUUUUAAACGAACACAUGCUUGUUUUCAUUUUACAGCUCUACUAAACAGAAAUAUCAAAAUAAGAACAUAUGACUAGACCUUAAAGCAGACCCUACACUAAGAACAUGCUUAAACUAAAUGAAUUUAAACUGCACUCCAGCCUGCGCGACAGAGUGAAACCCUGUCUAAAAAAAAAUUAAAUUAAAUUGCACACCACCCAUCAGCUUACAAUUUUGUAAUAGGGAAAUUGAGUACCUAUUUGGCCAACUAACUUGUAAUUGGUAAUCUUACAUGUAAUUCCGAAGACAGUGCCCUAAUGAUCAUGACAUUUUAUUACAAAAGGAAAGUAUUUGAGUGUUUUUAAGGUGAUAAAUCUGUGGGAAAUAUAAAGUCCAUUUCAUUUGGAGUCAAUGACAGUAUUGUUUUUACUUACCUUUUAAAAAUUAUGGCCAUAACUGCAUUAUCUAAGAUUUGGCAUCAAGAAAAGAAGAAGAAAAAAAUUACCAGUUAACAUUUGUUGUAUUUACUUCUAGUUUUUUUUCCUGUGCGUACUUUUUACAAACUUGUAAUCAUAAUUUAAGUAGAUUUUGUGUCCCUUUUGUGUUGUAAGCAUUUCCACCCAUCGUUUAAUGUAAAACCUUAAUUUUAAUUGGCUGCUUAGUAGUCAAUGGAAUGACCACUAUAUGGAUAGUUUUCACUAUUAUAAAAUAAUACUUAGAUGAA